UUUGUUAGACUAUCAGAAGUGAAAGAAACUCUGACUCGCUAAAACGGGUCUUAGCACACAGGCGGAUUACCCGAAACCAUAACCUUUUUCAUCCCAAAACAAAUUCCUAUCCAAGUAAUCACCUCUUCCUUCCCCUCUUCGUCAUUCCUUCCCCUUCAAUAAGCUCUCCUCAGCCCAACAAAAGAACAAGUAAUUUUCCUCUCUUUAUAUUGGCAGAUUCUAAUUUCACUCUCCUUCUAUCGGGUAUCAGGAUUAUAGGAGUUCGGUCUCAGGGAGACUCAGAAUUAUUGCAAAAAGAUGUUGUCAACUGCUAGCACCACUAUGAGUGCAGUUACUUUGCCAAUAGUGAGAGCAGGGGAUAAGCAAUUCAAGCCAAUAGUAUCUGUUCCUGCUGGCCUCCAGCCGCUUUGCAUGCAGUCUCAAGUCAUUAACAGCAGAAGACGCUUGAUAAGUCGUGUCCAAGAAAAGCGUGCUUCAAUAAUAUGUUCUGCUGCUUUGAAUGCCAGAUGUGCUGAAGGCCAGACGCAGACGGUCACACGGGAACAAUCAACCAUUACAGUUGCACCAGUUCAAGGUAAGGAAAAAUCUCCUGCACUGGAUGAUGGGGGGUCUGGGUUUCCCCCUCGUGAUGAUGAUGGCGGCGGAGGUGGAGGUGGGGGUGGUGGAGGCAAUUGGAAAGGUGGGUUCUUCUUUUUUGGUUUUCUUGCUUUCCUAGGCUUCUUGAAGGACCAGGAGGAUGAAGGACCCUACCGGGAUCAACGGAGAAGAUGAAGAAAACCAGAAUAUUGAUACAUAGAAAUCAAAAUAUUGGAUUUGUAACUGGUCCUCUCCAUUAUUCUCCAAUGAUGGCUUCGAGCAACCUGUAGUGGGUCAAUUAUGUAUUUGAGUGUAGCAUUAUGUUUCAGAGAAAAUACAAUGCAUUUAGAAAUAAUAUGUUUCUUUUCGACACUUCCUAUAUUCCAGGAUGGUUGGAUAAGUUGCUCUAUUAGCCGUAAUUUGUUCAAGUGGUAUGAUAUCAUACUUUUCAUUCU